GCGACACCAAGCAACAACACCUCUCGGAGAGACAACGAGAGAAGGAGAAUAAUGUCCUUUAACGACACGUCCAACUUGGAGUCCCAGCCGACCACAUGGCGUCGCCAAGAUGACCCCCAAUACGCCGACGACCCCGAAUACAACACCUUCACCACCCAACUCGGCGAUAAGCUCUUCUCCCUCACCUCCAAUAUCUCCCGUCUGAGCAACCAAAUCGCGCUUCUGGGUACGCGUCGCGAAACAGAUCGGGUGCGCGAACGUGUGCAAGACUUGCUCUCGGAAACCCAAGAUGGCUUCAAAGAGGUGGGAGAGGGGCUGAAGAGGGUGCAGGGCUGGCAUGAUCUGGGGCCGAGCCAGAAGUAUACGGCGGGAAAGUUGGCCACCGAGUUUCGUGCGAGUCUGGAUGAGUUCCAAGGGCUGCAAAGGUCAGCUCUGGAGAAGCAGAGAGCGAGUCAGACUGCUGCGAAGGCUGCUCUAGAUGCGGAUGGGGGAGGUUUGAUGUCGCCGGGAGGAACGCAGAUGGGCGGGCAGCAACAACAGCUACAGCAGCAGCAGCAGCAAGAACAACUCCGUCUGGCUGAUCAGAGCGAAGUCGACUUUCAAGAAUCUCUCAUCAUUGAACGGGAGUCGGAAAUCCGAAAUAUCGAGAGUAGUGUGAGUGAGUUGAACGAGCUGUUUCGAGAUGUUGCCACGAUGGUGCAUGAACAGGGCGGACAGUUGGAUAUCAUUUCGGAAAAUGUGACGAGUACGAGAGACGACACGAGGAAUGCGGAUCAGCAGUUGAGGACUGCCAGUCGACAUCAGAAGAGCGCGAGGGGCAAAGCGUGUUGUUUGUUGAUUAUUCUGGCGAUUAUUCUCGCUAUCGUGCUGUUGGCCGUGCUGGCCUGAUGUGUGGUCGGAGCUAUGUGUUUUGUUGUGUGAGAGCGUAGGUAAUUACAGCAUCCUUCAGGCGUCUCUGUCUGUGCCGUUAAUUGUGGUCUAUCUGUAUUGUGGUAUGUACAGA